AUGGAGAUCGCGUUGCAAGAAAAAAGUAAAGGAAUACUUUACGAAGGUUAUACGAAGUCAUUUCGCCAAUGCAUUUUUGAGGAAGGUGAUGUUGUCGGGAAAAACGAACGCUACGAGUUUCGAUGUGACGAUGAUUUGGAAUGCUGUGGACGUACAUGUUGUAUUCCUGAAGCGGCUACAAUUCCACUGUGGCUGAUGAUCGUCUUUAUUAUUUUGGCAGCUGUAUUAUUAUUGGCUAUUCUUGGCACUCUCCUCUGGCUUUUGGCAAAACGAAUGAAACAACGACCAAAAAAAGUGCAUGUGCAUGCCUGUUUGCUCUAUCCAAUUGCAGCAGGCUAUCUGAACGAUGUAUCAAACUCGUCGAAGACUGGCUACACAGCACUAAACUCGGGACGAAACAGACCUGGUGGUAGACGUAAUGAUGCGGACGAUCGUAGACAGCUCGUGUACGAACAGGAGACCUACAGUACACCAGAUCAUCUUUACGGUGGAUAUGGUAGCCGCUUUUAUCGUGACAGCGACAACCAUCGUGAUUUCACACCACGUCGUGACGUUGGCGUUAACGGAUACGGGAACACCACGUACAAUGGGGCUGGAGUUCGUGAAGUUGGUGUUGGCAACGAUGGAGGGACGACAAGGGAGAUAGCUAUUCGUGAUGUUCGUCCUGACUCAUCUUCACAACCGCACCCGGAUCGCUGGCGUGAUGUCGCCAGUUCACGCGUCAACGUGUUGAGCGAUAAUGACUCAGUAGUUCGUCAUGGUUUACAUGAGACUGUUGAGGAAAGCUUCAAGCAGGAAAUCACCUAUGAGAUGCCGAGGAAAAGAGCAGAAGAUGAUGUUUUAGAAAAGUUCAUACCGUCUCCAAUGGAAGAGGAAUCACUUCCAAAACCUAAGGAAGAACAAAUCAUACAACGAUGUGAAGACGAGAUUAGUCGUGCUCUAACGUUCGACACGAGCGAUGCGACACCUCUAAAUCCUCAACGAGCGCAGCUUGCAUUCUACAGGUCUCAAACUGAACAAAUUGCAAGCUAUAAUUCAGUUGAAUAG